AUGCACACAGCGCAUGCCACUAGGAUUAUCAAUAGAAACACCGAGAAGGCAAAUUUCCAUGACCUAAUCACCUUUGAUUAUAGAAGAGGUGUAUUUGAAGUUAAGACUGGGAGGGGAACUCGAGGAUCGUCCAAGGGGGGUAAGAUUCAACAUGUGGACUUGAAUCAAAUGAAUUAUUCAAGUACAUACGAACAUUAUUUUAUGCCAAUGGUCGAUAAGAGCUCAUGGCCGCAAUACAUGGGCUUUGAACUUAGACAUGAUCCCGAUCAAAUUCGUGGUUUAAGGAGGCCUAAGUCUAAGAGAAUUGCCAACGAAAUGGAUGAGGGUAGAAAGAAACGAAGAAUAUUAACUAAAAUUACUGUGAACACAGUAGUAGAGGAGAUGGAUACAACAGCUCCAGGAUCCCAAGACCUUAGUGUCUUAACUAUGCAGCAAGAGCACAGAAGCACUCCUCUUUGGGAUGCUCAGGUGUCCGAUACAGACACGUUAGUCACUAGGCAUCCAGAUUCCAUUCUAUGGGUGAUUGAUGAAAGGGUCAUCCCGUGCCUGGAGCUCACGAGCAUUGUCGAGAGAUGGCGUCAGGAAACGCAUAUAUUUCAUCUCCCUCUAGGUGAGGCUACCAUCACACUGCUUGAUGUAGCCUUACUAACACGGCUUCCCAUUGAGGGACGUGACGUUUGUACAGCCAAAUGCCAGCUAUCAAGCAGGAAUGAUAUGGUGCACCGCAUAUUUGGAGAGCGCCCUCCAGCGGAAGUGAUCAGGGGGAGCGGAGCUGUGUUGUUUGCCGAUAAAACAAACAAUCAAAUACAGCUCCAAUACUUGACUUUACUUGACGACCCAUGGGAGUGCAUCGCCAAGUAUAGCUGGGGCUUCGCAACCCUAGGAUACUUGUAUAGAAGGCUAUGUGGUGCUGCCCACAAGAACGUUGAGGAGAUUGCGGGACCGCUAGUCAUAUUACAGAAGCCUACACAGCUGUACCCGAGCACUUGGGGAUUCAUUCAGGUGCGUGGAGGGCUUAUGUGCAACAUUGUAGAAGUACAUUACAAGAGCGUGUAA